GUAUGAGAAAUAAAGUUUCAUCUAAUUUCAUCUUGGCUCUUCGACAGACACAUUGGAAGUUGAGGUUCUAGAAAAGUUAACUCUCGAAGUGAUAGCUUGCUCGUGUUCUCGAAAAGAUAGCGAGGAGUCUGAGAUGGCGAGGGACUUGGAACACAAGUCUGUCGAGGAGCUACAGCAGUUGGCCUCCAAUGAGAUAGCACAGAUUGAAAUGGUCACUAACGAUGAAUCACUGCAGGCAGUUCAAUUGGAAGUGCACACAGCGCAGGAAAACAACAAGAUGCUGGCGACGGAAAAUAUCCAAUAUGGGGAGAAAAUACCCUCGUUGAAGACAGAAGUGCAUAGGCUACACAAUGGGAUAUCAGCUGCCAACGAACAAUUAAACCAGCUACUUGCUCAGUACAAUUCCUUAUCGUCGAAUUCUUUGCCUUUCGACGACCUGUCAGACCGGUUGAAAAUAACAGCAGCGGAAUCGGAUGAACAGAGCGAGAAGAUAGCAGAAGAUUUCUUGAAUGGUAAUCUGCAGUUGGAGUCCUUCUUGCAGGUUUACAAGGAAGCCAGGAAAAACGCACACCUCUCUAGGAUAAAGGCUGAAAAGUUCUCAGAACUAGUGGAAGAAGAGCGAAUCAAGAGACAACAGCAGAGCAGUCUGGCUCAAAUGAACUCUUCGACUGCAGGGGUCUCCGUUCCUGGGGUGCCAAUGAACAGCAUGAGUUACAACCCCUAUCUGGCUAACCAGAGGGCAAACGUAUCUGGCGGAAUGAAUCAGCAACCUCCCUAUCCUUCUCACAAUCCAUACAGUGCUUACCCUGCCACUGCUGUGUAUCCAUAGUCAAGUUAAAAAAAAUGGACUGAUCCUUUAUAUUUUUGAUAGUAAAUAACGAAGCGGCGUAUCUUGUUAGUUGUUGUUUUAUAAAUGGUAUCCAAAGUAUUGUAAAGUGAACCGUUUUCUGGAAGUCAAUUAUAAACGAUAGAGUUUGAGAAAAUUGAACAUGUUUUGCUUCCACCUAAUUUGAUGAAAAUAACCAGCCAACCGAGAGAAAUCUGGCAACAAAAGUGAAGUUGCGAUGAGUUCUUGCGGAUACAGUAUUAUUGCCGUUUGGAUCAUCUUUGAUCCAUUUUUUUUUAUUAUGUCGCUUGGAUCACCUUUGAUCCACUUUUUUUUUUUCAAUUAGCCAUUUGAAGAAGGACAUGAUUUAAGCUAUGAUUGCUUAAAAACCAACUCAUUGGAUUAAUUUGGUGUUUUGGAAUGACAUAGAUAGAUUGAAUUGUACCCGAUAGUUUAGCUCUAAUUAUAGUUCCCACUCUGGCAGAUAAUUUCCUUCAAUAAUUUCAAAUAUUCGCAAAAUGUU